CUGCGUUUGACAGCCCAACAUCACUUUUUUUUUUUUUUUUAAAUGGAGCAAGACACGAUUAAUUCAAGACGCAACUUCAGCAAAGCUGACUGGUUGUUGAGAGGACAGCUGAGGAGGGCACUCAAGCUAGGGGCCUUGGCCGUUGAGCCAGGCUACAACCUGUCUUGUUCCAAGUGCGACGUCACCCCUAAGCUGCUGAAAUGAACCCGAAGUCAAGCACACCUGUGGCAAGGUACAGCAGCCAACCCAUCUUAAAACUCCAGAAACCCAUCCGACCGUACAUCUGCUCCACUCUAGACGACUUCCAAGAAGAGAGAGACUUCUUGGUCAACACCAUCUUCCCUCGACUUAAUGACUUCUGCAGCCCCCGGGGCACCUACUUCAAAGCUGUGGACCUGAGGUGGUCCACUGUGAAGGUCCAUAAGUCCUUCACCGCCAACCUGUUCCGCCAGCAUGCCUGUCUGCGCUCACAGAGCCUGAAGCUCUGCCUUGACUACGUGGAUAGCUGCUUCCCCUUCUUCAUCUGCCUGCUGGGGCAGACCUACGGGGAUUUCCUCCCCGGCUACACACCCUUCGUGUUCACCAAGGUCAAGGACUUCACAAGUCUGUCCAAGGGUGAACAAAAUCUGUACAUCGCUGCCAAAAAUGGCUACCCUUGGGUCCUGCAGACUCCCACCUGCAGCCUGACGGAGUUUGAGAUCAUGCAGGCGGCAUUUCAGAAGGAAUCCCCAUUUCAGUUCUUCUACUUCCGGACCUCGAACUUGCUGCUGAGGACUUUCAGCGAGGAGGAGGAGGAGGAAGAGCUGUCCCCAGCUUCUCUGAUGAAACAAGAAGAAAAGCUGAGAGUUGGAAAACUGAAGGCCAAGAUCAUUGGUAAAGGGCUUCAGGUCAGAUUCUACAGAGACCUGGACGAGUUGGGGGAAAUGGUUUUCAAGGACUGGUCUGCUGUUGUGGAAAAGCUCUACCCAGCCCCUACGAUCAUGGAAAACAUAGACUACAAACACAGUCUUGAGCGUUUGUACCAUGAAGACUUCGCUGAGAAGUGCAAGCAGGUUUUUGUUGUCUCCAAGGAGUCCAACAGGACUUUCGAAAUCCUGGAAAGAUUUGCCUUAAAAGAUGUCGGGCUUGACUCCAACAGGACAGACUCCGACAGAACCACAGCAGAUUCGGGCCUAGACUCCAUCCUCAGAGUAAAUUCCCUUCCGACUUAUAAGUCGAUUUUGCUCUUGUCUGGAGAACGCGGCUGUGGGAAAUCCACUCUCAUCGCCAGCUGGGUCAGCGACUUCAGAAGCAAACAUCCCGGAGUGUUGAUGAUCCCGUACUUUGUGGGAAGCACGUGCGAAAGCAGUGACAUCAUGACUGUGAUCCACUACUUCNGACUGGAACGUUCUCACCUGAUCUGAAAUUUCUGUGUUGUAGGUCCCCAGAUUGAAAUGGACUUCCUUAACGAAGACUCAAAUGUCUUGGUCUUUUCGCUUCUUGUAGAAGUGUUCCUAGCCUCCAUCAGCUUGAAGCCAUGCGUGCUCGUCCUCGAUGGGAUUGAGGAGUUGAUCGGCAUUUAUGGGAUUUCGGGUCAGAAGGCGAAAGACUUCUCGUGGCUGCCACGCUCGCUCCCUCCUCAUUGCAAGUUCAUUCUGAGCACCGUCUCCUCCAGUCUGUCCUGCAAAUCGCUGUGCACCCGCCCUGAUGUGCGGACUGUGGAGUUCUCGGGCAUGGGGGACGAAGACACGAAAUUCAGCAUCUUCAGACAGCAUCUCUCUGUGCCUGACCAGGAACGCUUUGGGCAGAGCAAACCCAUUCUGAGGAAGAAGCCGAACCUGACCCCCCUGAAGCUCACGAUCAUCGCCAGCGAACUGCAGGAGUGCAGGAUCUACCGCAACGAGUUCCAGUGUCUGAGGGAGUACAUGGAGGUGGCUUCCAUCCCGGAGCUCUGGGAGCUGAUUCUGAAACGCUGGGUUGAAGAUUAUGGUUGGAAUCUGAAGCAUAACGAGGCAAACUCAGACAUGGUGGCUGCAGGAAAAGGGUUGAGUGGCUGGGUGGCCGACGCGCUGUGUUUGCUGUGCAUCUCACACUGCGGGCUGGCUGAGGAUGAACUGCUCCAGAUUUUGGACAUGCUGGGCUACAGGAACCACCAAAAAGUGACCGCGGUGCACUGGGCUGCCUUCCGCAAUGCCUCCAAGCACUGGAUCCAGGAGAAACCCAACGGCCUCCUCUGCUUCUGGCACCAGUCCCUGCGGAGUGCGGUGGAGCACAAGCUGCUGGGUGUAACCACUCCGGUCAGAGAGAGCAGCACACACGUGCCCCAGAACACGGCAAACCACAAGAAGACGCACUUCCACCAGGUCUUGAUAAGAUACUUCCAGCGGCAAACCGUCUUCUGGAGAGCGUACCAGGAGCUGCCGUGGCACAUGAAGAUGAGCGGCUCCUGGGAAGGCCUAUGCAGCUUUGUCACCAGCCCAGGCAUCACAGAUUUCAUAUCGAAAAUCCACAACCCGAGUUUGUGGACCAGACUACACCUUGUCCACUACUGGGAUGUGCUGCUGGAAGCCGGCUGUGACGUGUCUGAGGCUUUCCUGCUCUCCGUUGCCAAGAUAGAAGCAGAACAGUACCAGAGAAUAAAGAAGCGACCCAUGCUCUCAGUCCUGGAAUGCAACCUCUCCCAGGUGACUGUGGCCGACAAAUGCAGGAUGAUACUCUUCAUCGGGAGCUUCCUGAAGCUCAUGGGCAAGGUCGGUGAGGCGGAGAAGCUGUUCCUGAGCGUGGAGGACAUGCUACUGCAGAACCCAUCCACGAUAGAAAUGCUCCUCAAAGCUCAGAACGCCGUGGGAGAAUUGUACCUUGAAAUCGGGAUGACUCAGAAAGGGCUCUCGUAUUUUCUGAAAGCGUGGUCAAAUCUGCUGCGGUUUACGCUCAGUGACUUAAAAAGCAGCCAGGAACUGAUGAAGCAGAAAGUCAAAGUGAUGAAUAACCUGGCAAAAUCAGCAUCUGAGGAAUUCUUAAAAGAAAACCACAUUUUGGAAUACGCUACUGAAAUCUCCAAGUUUGUGACUGAAAGCCCCCGCGAACAAGCUACCAUGAAAUAUACUGAAGGUGUCCUCAUGUUGGCUACAGGAAACGUGCCUCUUGCGAAACUGAAGCUUCAAGAGUGUUUAAACAUCAGAAGACGUCUGUUUGGCGAUAAAAACAUACUAGUUGGAGAAAUUAUGGAAUUUUUAGCAGAUCUGCUGUUUUUUGUCCUGGGAGAUAAGGAAAAAUCACAAAGGAAGCAAGUAACCGAAUACUAUAAACAAGUCAUAAAAAUCAAGGAGAGCUCAGACACCGUGGCCACCUGCAAGCUCGUCAGGAAGCAGCUGAGCUUAAGCCUCAGCGACACCUUGUGUAAACUGGCAGGCCAACUGUUGUCAGGUGACUUCUCCCAUCAUGCCAUGAUGGAGGCAGUCGGCUAUUUGUAUAGGUCACUUGAUUUAAGGGCAACUCACCUGGGGUCUUCCCACACUUCAGCCCAGGGAAUACUGCACCUUCUAAGGGGAAUCCAGAAGUUCCGAGGCAGGAGGUGUUGGCCUCAAGGCACGAGCCAGCUGUUCCCUGAGGGUGCCAGGAACUGCUCUUUAUUCUGGGAAAACUUGUCUACAUUAAACUUCUGCAGUGCUCAGAGCUCGGACACGGUGAACACCGCCCUGUGUAUGAACGGCAUAAGUAAGAUGCAGAGAACUAACAGCACAGAGCCGGCACCUCCUCCGGUUUCAGAUAAACCCAAAUGUCCUCGUGGCAAAGGAAAGAAGACCUUGACUCCAAUUCCCAGCGCCUCUGCUGGGGAAAAGACCCAACAGAAGGCACAAAAUACGCAAAAUACUUGGACCACAUGGAAUAGUCCAAGAAAGCAAACUCCAAGGAGAAAGAAAGAGUGUCCCAUGAAGACAUUAUUUCCGGGUGAAAAGAAUGGCUUAGUCAGACUUUCAAGGCAAAGGGUUUUUUCUGCCAAGUGUGAGAAUGGAGAAAGCCUAAUGACUGCAAUCUACCGCCAACCCCCACGAGCACCUCUUAGUGCAAACAGCCCCUGGGAUUCCAUAUCUGAGCUUGUAUCAGAAAAAUGGCUUUUCCACAGCCCACAGUACACCUUCACUCCUCAGAGGCCUGCUUUCCCAAGACGAUCUCUAAUAGAAGCAAAAUGGUUGAAGGCCUCAAAUGACAUCGACAAAGAAUAAAAACCA